CGUUGCUGCGCCUCGCAACGCCAUUGGACGGCCAGCGCCGUGUCCGUUAAAUUCAAACGCGCGACGGCGGCGGCGGCGGUCGCGGCGAGGCGUUCGUGAAGAGGAGGAGCAGCACUUUAAGAGUGACGAGGAGCCCGUGGAGGAGACUCGGAAUAAGUCGAAGAGUCGUGGUCGUGGUGGUGCCUCUCCAUGGCUUCUCAGAACACAGACCCCGCAGCGAGCACCUCGGCCACGCCGAGGAAGGCGGCGGACAGCGGCAACGCCGUAGCGCGGGGCUCUGUGAGCAAGCGGUUGCAUCAGGAGCUGAUGUCACUGAUGAUGUCUGGGGACAAAGACGUAUCGGCAUUUCCGGACGGAGAGAACCUUUUCCGCUGGAUUGGAACCAUCACCGGCCCAAAGGGAACUGUGUACGACGGCCUGCGCUACAAGCUGUCGCUGGAGUUCCCCAGCGGCUACCCGUAUAACGCGCCGAGCGUGCACUUCGUCACGCCGUGCUACCACCCCAACGUGGACUUGCAGGGCAACAUUUGCCUUGACAUCCUCAAGGAGAAGUGGUCGGCGCUGUAUGACGUGCGCACCAUCCUGCUGUCCAUCCAGAGCCUGCUGGGAGAGCCCAACAACGAGAGCCCGUUGAAUGUCCACGCAGCGCAGCUCUGGCCAAACCAGGAUGAAUACAAGCAGUACUUGCUGAAGCAGUACGAGACAAAGUCCUGAUGAGAGCAUCGCCGACAUGACAUCCCCGUCGCUCAUUAACACUCUCCGCUCGCCUCGUACACUCACCACGUGCAUUUACCACUCGCCACGUACACUCAACACGUACACUCACCACGUACACUCGCCUCUAUCACUCAUCACUCACCACGUACACUCACCACGUGCAUUUACCACUCGCCACGUACACUCACCACGUACACUCGCCUCAAUCACUCAUCACUCACCACGUCCAUUUACCACUCACCACGUACACUCGCCACGUACACUCGCCACGUACACUCGCCACGUACACUCGCCACGUACACUCGCCACUCACCACGUUACACUCGCAUUGUACACUCAGACUUAGGCUCCAGGUGCAAUUUUGGGGGCUGUUCCAUUAUGUUCUGACAAUUGUCCACAUGGCGCGGGCCUUGAUUUUAACGGAAUCUUUUUAUCACGAUGUAAACGAGCAGACCGUGUCUCCUUCACCUGUCGUCUCCACAUGAAAAAGAAAAGUGUUUCUUACACAAUCCAUCAGCUGCCCAGGGGGACUGCAUCAUCUUGGCACCCUUGAUUCCGAACAAGCAGACUCUAGACCGGUUUCAACAUCAGCAGAGUCGGACUUUAAUCGAUGCUGGUGAAACUGCAUUUAACGUCUGGCAGUUCGACCAGCAUUGCUUCGAGCAAGCUUGAGUGCUGAUGGGACACCGUCAAAGCCGGUCGAAAGCUGCUUGUGUUGAAUUAAUUGAGCAAACGUUCACUCCCAAAGGACGUGGGGCCUGUGGGUUGUGUAAAAACAAAACUUUUAUUUUCAAUGCGGAGACACAGGUGUGCGAAGGAGACGGUCAGCUUUAUCGCUUUUUACGGAACCAGGUUUUUAGACAUUUUCACUCGUGAGCUCGUUUCUCAUUUUUAAAUAGCAUUUUCCUGAUAAGUGAACUCAAGCCAUGAGCCAGGGCAUGACGCUUGGAGCUGAGAACGAUCACCUUUUUAAUAAGUGCGUCCGGUUUUGUCUGGUUUUUUUGCCUUUCUCCAUAAUGUUGCAAGAGACAAAUGCACAUCCUUGCUUCAUAUUUAUGGUUUUAAAUGUCUUUUUAAAUCUUUCACUUGUGUAUAGCUUUGAUCAUGUUGGCUCUGAUGGCCGAGACUCUUUGCAUCAUGUUAUGGCAGUCUUAAGCCCAGGUGUCCUCGGUAACCGUGUUUCUUUAACGCACGGUGCUGCAUUGCUCGUUCAUCAUGUGCUCGAUCCUCUACGGAGGAUCCUUUCUGGAGUAGUUGAACAAACGCGGCUGUGUGUGGCAGCAUGGACGGGGUUGUUAGGUGUCAACUUUUAUCUGUAUUUAUUUUCAUGUAAUUAAACUGGUAUUAAAUGUUACAACCUGUAA